AUGGGCUUCCUCAAGCUCAUCCUCAAAGUUGUCAUCAUCCCUCUGGUGGUUGUCGUUGUGAUCGUCCUCGUCAUCGGAAUCCUCCUGAAGAUGCGUCACAAUCGCAAGAAGGAAGAGAAACAGGCUAAGCAGAGAGGGUUCCAUCCUCCGCCUAUUACCCAAUGGGUCUACCCGGAAAACACACACGACUUCGCUCUUAACCAGGAGCUUCAAAAGCCUGCUCCGGUGGUUUAUCCACUUGCUGCACCGAGUUACGUGGCUACACCUGACCAGGUGGAACUAGGUUAUGCCCGAGCGUAA